UUUUUUUUUUCCUCCCCUGCCAAACCAGAAUUAGCCGGUAUAGGAAUGAACCAGCGUGGAGAUCUGAAAUUGCAUGGAUUGGAAGGAAGCUCUGGGUAGGCUCGUAUCCUUCCAAACGCACCCUUUUUAAAGGCUCCCGGACUGAAGCAUCGAGCCUUAGGCUCCAGAAGGUUCACCUGGCCAGACAGCGAGAGGAGCUCGAGUCCGGGAGCCCCGCACCGAGCGAGCGCACGGAGUCGGGCGUAGAGCCAAGCCCCAGGCGCUGCAUCUGAAGGAUGCUGGUCGAUAUUUCUACCAAUCCCCACGCCCAGCGGCUCGGGCUUCUAGGAGCGGACCUUCAAGUUCUCCGGUUAAGACCAGUAGCCGAGUGAGACCGUAGCUCUGCCGGCUGCGUGCGGGCACCCAUUAAACAACUGACUCACUUUCAGGACCAGGGUUGUACCUCUGUUGAAAACCUUAGAAAAUGUAUACAAGUCGUGAAGAUAUGGGGUAUGACUUUGAAGAUGAUCCCAAGGCUAAGAAGACCCUGAAGUCCCACCCAGACAUUGACGGCGGGUGGGCCUGGAUGAUGGUCCUGUCUUCCUUUUUUGUGCACAUCCUCGUCAUGGGCUCACAGAUGGCCUUGGGAGUCCUCAACGUGGAGUGGCUUGAAGAGUUCCACCAGAGCCGUGGCUUGACCGCCUGGAUCUGCUCCCUGAGCAUGGGCAUCACCUUGAUCGUGGGACCCUUCAUCGGCUUGUUCAUUAACACCUGCGGGUGCCGCCGGACAGCAAUCCUUGGAGGGCUGGUGAACUCCCUCGGCUGGGUGUUGAGCGCCUACGCAGCCAACGUGCAGACCCUCUUUAUUACGUUUGGAGUGGCAGCUGGCCUCGGCAGCGGGAUGGCCUACCUGCCAGCAGUGGUCAUGGUGGGAAGGUACUUUAAGAAGAGGCGAGCCCUGGCCCAGGGCCUCAGUACCACAGGGACAGGAUUUGGAACAUUCCUGAUGACCAUUUUGCUGAAAUACCUGUGUGCAGAGUAUGGCUGGCGGAAUGCCAUGUUCAUCCAAGGUGCCAUGUCCCUGAACCUGUGUGUCUGCGGGGCACUCAUGAGGCCCCUCUCUCCUGGGAAGGUCGAAAACUGCCCAAGAGAGGAGGAGCCCUGUGCCCUCCCAGCUUACUCCACUGAACCUGUGAAAUCAGGACCACUGGGCAUGACUGAAGAACAGGACAGGCAGCCUGAGAAUGAGGAGAAUGUCUGUGACCUUCAAGCACAGGAGUGUCAAGGUCAAACCCAUCCUAGGAAAAAUAUGUGUGCUUUCCGAGUUCUGAAGACAGUGAGCCAGAUCACUGUGCGAGUCCAGAAGGGCUUUGGGGACUGGUACUCAGGCUAUUUUGGAACAGCCUCGCUCUUCACCAACCGCAUGUUUGUAGCGUUUAUUUUCUGGGCUCUGUUUGCAUACAGCAGCUUUGUCAUCCCUUUCAUCCACCUGCCAGAAAUCGUCAGCUUGUAUAACCUGUCGGAGCAAAACGAUGUGUUCCCUCUGACCUCAAUCAUAGCAAUACUUCACAUCUUCGGGAAGGUGAUCCUGGGGGUAGUGGCUGACCUCCCCUGCAUCAGCGUCUGGAACGUCUUCCUCAUGGCUAACUUCACCCUUGUCUUCAGCAUCUUCCUUCUGCCAUCGAUGCACACGUAUGCGAGCCUGGCUGUCAUUUGCGCCCUGAUUGGGUUUUCCAGCGGGUAUUUCUCCAUCAUGCCUGUGGUGACGGAGGACCUGGUUGGCACUGAGCACUUGGCCAAUGCCUAUGGCAUCAUCAUCUGUGCCAAUGGCAUCUCAGCUUUACUGGGACCACCAUUUGCAGGGUGGAUCUUCGACAUCACACAAAAAUACGAUUUUUCCUUUUAUAUAUGUGGUUUGCUUUACAUGGUAGGAAUACUCUUUUUGCUCAUUCAACCCUGUAUUCGGAAGAUAAAACAAUCCAGACGAAAGUACACAGACGGUGCGCCUGUUUAGUGCAGCUUUCUUGUGGGUUCUCCUCAUGCCUACCUCACCUGGUCGCUAGAGGAAUGCUCUGUAUGGUAACCAGUGGUGUCACUUGUUAAUGCCAUUGUUAUUGUUUCUCUGAGGAGGUGGUAGAAGUGAUUAAAACUGCGUGUGUUUUAGAGAUGAUGGUGUUUAUAGCUCAUUAAAUAGUUGAUGAAGAUGCCCUGAUGAAAACUGUCAAGCCAGGCAUGGUGGCAAAUGCCUGUAAUCCCAGCUCUAGGUGGAGGCAGGGGGAUUGAAGGUUCAGAGUUAGCCUCUGCUAUCUAGUGAAUUCCAGGCCACCCUGGGCCACAUGAGAACCUGUCUAAAAAGAGAAAAAGAAAUAAAGAAAAAAGGAAGCCCCCACCUUCUCUCUCCCUUCAUCCCUUCUCUUUUCCUCUCUCCCUCUCUUCCUCUCCUCUUGUCAUCUGAUGGGACUAGGGUUUUAUAUUUUAAAAAAACUGUAAAUAAAAGCUUUGCAACAUAACCACUUCUUUGUAAGGUAAAACCAAGAGUCUAUAUUUCCAUAAAGGGUCCAGAUAUACAGGCUUUAAGCAUAAGAACAUAACUGAGUGUCAGAAAUUAAUUCUUACAAGGAGUUCUUAGUAUGCUGAUAUACAAAGGCAGGCUAUCAAUUCAAAUGUAUGUAAUUUGUGGGCUGGAAAGGUGGCCAGGAGGCACUUGCUGCUCUUUUAGCAGACCAGAGUACACUACGAGCAUGUUGGCUGACAACCAGCUGUAACUCAGUUCCAGAGGCCACUGCACACAAGUCGCACAUACAAACACUCAGAAAACACACACACACACACACACACACACACACACACACACACACACACACACACACAAAAUACAAAAACAAAUCUUUUUUAAAAACUAAUACAAUUUAGUACAAUUUUAAAACAGCUUAUAUUUUUAUGAAAGAAUUCUGUAGGUAAGAAGUACAGUUUCUGACUCUUCCUUUAGGAAAUGAAAUUGGUCAUCCUUGUAACUCAACUGAUCAUGUCCUAGAAGAUGAGUUCAGCAGUAAGCUAGAUUGAUGUUCUUAGCAGUAUGUGUGUUUCUUAGUGCAUAUGACUUUGCACCAAGGGCUAUGAUUCAGACACUUUGAUUCAUGUCUUAGAGUAAACCAUCUUUUUUUUAAAGAGCUGGGCAGUGGUGGCACACUCCUUUAAUCCCAGCACUUAGGAGGUAGAGGCAGUUGGAUCUCUGUGAGUUCAAGGCCAGCCUGGUCUAUGAAGUGAGUUCCAGGACAGCCAGGACUACACAAAGAAACCAUGUCUCAAAAACCAAACAAAACAGAGUCAAGCUGUGAGGUUACAGAUGGCUUGCCUUGUGAGUGUGCAUGUAGCCGACACUGGGACAGUGGUGCCAAACAGCCCAGCUCUGGUGCCUCUUGCCAUAUGGAUUAUUCACUUGUCUGGACUGGGCACAAUUUUGAAAAUAGUUUUCUUUGUAGGUUUCAUACAUGACAAUGUCUGAUCUGGGACAUCAUAAAAUUCAAUAUUCUUCCUUAGCCAAGAUCUCUAUUUUUCUAAAGCUAAGACAUUUUCCAAUACAAAAUGUUCCUCCCAGGGUCAUUCUGAAAUUUCUGACUGCCUUACGUAUUUAUGCCUUUAAAUGACUUACAUGUGUACGUGCUGGUUUGGUGGUGUGGCUCAGUGAUAAGAGCACUUGCCUAACAUGGUCAAGACCCUAGGAUUCAUCUCCACACCAUAAAGCAAGAAAUUUCUGACUCGCAAUUUGCUCAUCAAACAAAACUGCCAGUGUCUUGGGGCAAAUUUACCUAAAAGGAAUCCACCCCAGUCUCAAUUAUCUUUGAUAAUUAAAGGCAGGAAUGCUACAGACUGGAAUUGUAGAAUACUCCCAAGAUCUAACUUUCAGUCAGAAUGCAAGGGGAGCUUCCCAGACUUUAACAGGUAAUUAAAUGAACAGUUUCCUUCUCCACUGUCUCCUGUCCUAAGGACUAGUAAAAGGACUGGACAGUGAAACCACCCAGAUAAAGUAGCAUUGGUAAGCAGGCUGACUAGCAGAAAGGAGCCCCACUAAAGCACAUUUGAUUUUCCCUCCAGCGAUGUGAGCAUUGCCUGGAAGUUAGAUGAUAAUGUAGCUGCCAUGAUCCAUUUGGCUUAACACAAAGACGUGUUUGGUUUUUGUUUUGUUAUAUUUUGUUUGAGGCAGGGUCUCGUUAUUUAGACCAUGCUAGCCUGGAAAUCAUAGUGGCUUGCCUUCCUCUGCCUCUCUGCCUCCACCCCUGUCUGUUAUCAUCAUACCAGUAGCACAACUUGAUAUUUUAAUAAAGGUGAUAUUAGCCAGACAUGGUGGUGCAUACUUUUAAUACCAACACUUGAGAGGCAAAGGCAGGCAGAUCUACAAAGUGAGUCUCAGGACAGCCUGAGGUAUAUAGUGAGACUCUGUCGCAAAAAAUGAAUAAUAUUCUUUAAAGCUGAAACAGUGAUAUUUAUUUUCAUGUUAAAUGUGUGUAUUUACAAGUAGGAACUGUUAAACAUGCUAUGUAUUUUUAAAACUACAUUACUUCACUACUCUCAUUGUCUGCAACAUCAGUUAACAGGAGGCAGUGUUAAGAAUGCUGCAUGGUGCUAUGGCCCGUGAUAGGGGAUGCCUGUAUUGUUUGCUAUGCAUCAGAGAUACAAACUUUCCACCCGCUGACCCAACUGGACUUGCAUCGUUUCUAUCCGUGGACUUACUUUGUUUGAAGGAGCAGUGGUUUCUACUGAAUCAGUGGUAUCUGCAGGACUGAAGCAAGACCUGCUUGCAAAAAACAACAACAACAAAUAAACAAAAACAGCUCCUGUCUCUGUUCACACCUGCAGUGUCCUGAAGACAUUCUCACAUCAUAUGCUUCAUCGUUUGCCCUUUGCAUACCUGUGUUGUUAUUUACUUGUAACUAAAUAAAUGCUGUCCUCUUUAAAGUGA